AUGCCCGCCAACAAGGACCGUCUCUACGUUGCCGUCUUCACCAAGAUUGGCGCUGAGAACAUGCCCAGCGGACUGAGCUUCCACUGGGGCUACAUUGUCAGCCACAAGGGACAGACCAGGCUCUACAACUACAUCCAUGCCCAUCGCAUGUACCAUGCAACCAACGAGACCCUGGAUAUUGGCUAUCCACUCCCGUCGGAAACGGCCUGCCCAUGGUGGUACGAAGCGUGCGACUUGCGCAUGGAGCGCCCGAUGAAGGUGUACCUGCGGCUCGAGGUUGGUAAGAUCCUCAACCUGAAAGGGCUCGAGGAGCUCUUUGCCAAGAUCCCGCUGCGGCCAGAGUCUGAGGGCUGGAAUAGUAAGAAGUGAACGAAGGAAGCGUUUUAUGCGGCCAUGGCUAGCGGGUAUAUCGGCCGCCGGUAUCAGGAAUGGCGGUGCGUGGAGGACGAGGCGGUUUCGUUUAUUCGCUUCUUUUAUGGUCCCCGCCCGGUGAUGCAUGCGUUUCAGGGUGGGAGUACGCCCCUUUUAAGCACGUUUAACUGGUUUUGACGAGGAGAUGCU